AUGGUAUUUUAUAAACGACGUGUGAGAAUAACUAGAACGAUUACGGAGAUGCCCGGCCACGGUGCUAUGGUCAAGUGCGAGCCGUCAUCGGAAGAAGACGACAGCAACUCACAGUUCGCGCACACUUAUUUAAAUUCUCAGCUAGGAACAAGUGCGUGUGAACUACGGCAUGUGAAGGUUGAUCCUGAAUCUUUAAGAGACGAUGUACCGCCUACACUACUACAUCAUUUGCAGGCUCCAGGCUUGGAGGAGCUGGCCCCCGCCGGCCCCGCAGCCACGCCGGUGUCUCUGCCCGUGAAGCAAGAGCCUCCGCCCGCCGCCACCUUCGAGACCCUCGAGUCCGCGCGAGCUGACCGGGGGUCUUCGUUAAUAGACCGUCACAUGGCGUUGCUGUCUGCGAACGAAGUGGCUGAUUCCUCCGACUUCAUGCCGCUGCUCCAUGUCAAAGACGAACCACUGUCCGAAGGAGAACAACACACGGCAAGCGGCGACGACACGAGCGACUCGACAGCCACGGAGCCCACACGCGGGAGUCCCAAGAGCUGGACACAGAAGGACAUGGACAACGCCCUUGACGCUCUGAGGAACCACAACAUGAGCCUCACUAAGGCAUCGGCAACCUACGGCAUCCCAUCAACAACCCUCUGGCAGCGCGCGCACCGGCUCGGCAUCGACACCCCCAAGAAAGAAGGUGCAGCCAAGUCCUGGAGCGAGACCGACCUCAGACGAGCGCUGCACGCUUUGAGAGCCGGCGCUAUAUCUGCCAACAAGGCUAGCAAGGCAUUUGGUAUCCCAAGCAGCACGCUAUACAAGAUAGCCCGGCGCGAGGGCAUCCGCCUGGCGGCUCCGUUCAAUGCGGCGCCGACCGCGUGGCGGCGCGCCGACCUGGAGCGCGCGCUGGCCUCCAUCCGGUGCGGGCACACGUCCGUACAGCGCGCCGCCACGCAGUUUGGGAUACCUACUGGGACUCUGUAUGGGCGAUGUAAGAGGGAAGGCAUCGAGCUAUCACGGUCCAACCCCACGCCUUGGUCGGAAGACGCUAUGGGGGAAGCAUUGGAAGCUGUCAGGGUGGGCCAGAUGUCAAUCAACCAGGCAGCUAUCCAUUACAACCUGCCCUACUCCUCGCUGUACGGACGUUUCAAGCGCUGCAAGUAUCAGGUGCAGGGUCACCCGCAACAAGACAUGCAGAAGCCGCCAGAGAUGGACCACCAGCCCUCAGAGAUGUAUUAUCAGCACAUGCCGUCCACCGUCCACGACGACCAACAGUACAUGUACUCGGAGCACGAUCCAUCGCUGCAGGCACACAUGCCGCCGCAACAUGCGUACACGCAGCCGGCGAUGUACUACAACCACUGCAACAGUAUCGUCAGUUGAGGGUACGACGCCUCGCAUUCUGAGGCUCCUUGACAUUGUAUUUGUUAAGUCUGGUUUUUAAUGUUGGGCGUUUUCAGACCUAAAAUAGUAUGAAAAGGUUCGUGGUCGAGUAUAUAAAGUGGUAGAAUUUUAUUGGUUUAAAAUGGCAACUCUGAUGACGUGUGUUCUGAUUGGUGGAACAAUUAAUAAUGUUGCCAUUUAAAACUUUUUAGUUGGAAAUGGCCGUAAGAUAGGAUGAAAAUAAGAUGAUGUCUGAAAGAACGGCCAAAGUUAAUAAAAGUUCAAAUAUUAAUAAGAAAUUAGAUUGGAUAGAACUUUUUCCGCCUUGAAUUUAAUUUCGCUUAAGAAAUUUUGGGAUAUUCUCAAGUCAAAAGCAAUUAGACACAGGGUGUUGGGAACCUAGAAUUGUAAGAUAUUUGAAACUAUUGUUCACUUUUUAGUAUUUUUCAGUCCCUUUAAGAGACUUUUUCCUUACACCCUGUCAGUAGUUUAUAAAUUUUACGAAUAAAAAGAAAACAUAAAUACGUAAAAAGAGGGAUUUCCCAUAGUUGUAACUGUUAGUUCUCGAUAGCGUCCGACAGAUGUCGCCACUGUAUUUUUAUAUACUACGUUUUCGAGUCUUUAGUGUAGAUUUAAUAUAGUUAUUAAUAAUUAUAUUUCGUCAAUUUCUCAAGUUGUAAGUCCUUUUAUGAAUUUCGAGAUAUUAAAGUAGGUAUUUUGGUUCUAUUUUUGAAGAAAAUGUAGUUAGUACUUUCCUAGUGUGUUAAUAUUACUUUUAAAUGGUUAAACAGGUUAUCUUGGGUAUAAAAAAUCUC